GAUAUUGUGUUGGAGGGUUUGAUAGGAUAUGGUCGAUAGUAGUGGCAGUGGUUUUGAACAAUCCAACUGCUCUAUUCUUCUCACCGUCGAUGAAGAUGACGAUGGUCAUUCGCAUUCACAAACUCUCUCGCCCUUUCUCUCUCCUCCCUCUUUCUCUAUCCUCCACCUCCCUCUUCUCCAUUUCUCAUUCCCAUUCUCUCACUCUCAGGACCCCCCGCCGCAGAUUCCACUCUACACCACUCUCAACUUCCUCCUUCAUGGCCUCAUCGAGGUUUCGUAACCUUGUUCAUCUCAACGCGAUCGUUUCCGAAAACGGCGGUGCCGGAGGCGGAGGCUCCAAUGGCUCUGUUUCGUCCUCUUCAGCUGUAGCUUCUACUGAAGACGAUGAGGAUUCAGUUCUGGGAGUUGGGUAUCGGCUUCCUCCAGCUGAAAUCAGGGAUAUUGUUGAUGCUCCACCGCUUCCCAUACUGUCAUUCUCGCCAUACAGGGAUAAGAUAUUGUUCCUCAAGCGGAGGUCACUGCCUCCUCUAUCUGAACUUGCGAAACCAGAAGAAAAGCUGGCUGGUAUUCGUAUCGAUGGACAGUGCAAUUGUAGAAGUCGAAUUUCGUUUUACACUGGGAUAGGGAUUCAUCAAUUGAUGCCUGAUGAUUCCCUAGGUCCAGAGUUGGAGGUACAUGGCUUACCGGAUGGUGCUAAGAUCAAUUUCGUUACCUGGUCACCUGAUGGGCGUCAUUUAGCUUUCACUGUUCGAAUAGAUGAGGAAGGUGGCAGUAGCGGUAAGCUUCGAGUUUGGGUUGCUGAUGUGGAAACUGGGAAAGCUAGACCUUUGUUUCAGAAUACAGACAUCUAUGUGAAUGCAGUUUUUAAUAAUUUUGUUUGGGUAAACGAUUCUACUUUGUUAGUUUGCACCAUUCCCUCCUCUCGUGGAGAUCCACCAAAAAAACCUUUGGUUCCUCGUGGUCCAAAAGUUCAAUCGAAUGAGCAGAAGAACAUUAUCCAAGCUAGAACCUACCAGGAUUUGCUGAAGGACACAUAUGAUGAGGAUUUGUUCGACUACUACGCCACUUCCCUGCUUGUUUUGGGUUCACUGGAGGAUGGAACAGUUAAGGAAUUUGGCCCACCAGCUGUAUAUACGUCGCUGGACCCUUCCCCCGAUCACAAAUAUAUUUUGAUCAGUACCAUUCACCGGCCGUAUUCUUUUAUUGUUCCAUGUGGAAGAUUUCCUAAUAGGGUAGAUGUGUGGACAACUGAUGGCAAAUUUGUCAGGGAACUUUGUGAUUUGCCUCUUGCUGAGGAUAUCCCUAUUGCAUUCAACAGUGUAAGAAAGGGAAUGCGUUCCAUCAAUUGGAGAGCAGAUAAGCCAUCGACGCUCUACUGGGUGGAAACUCAAGAUGGUGGAGAUGCCAGAAUUGAGGUUUCUCCUCGUGACAUUGUUUAUACACAAUCUGCUGAACCACUGGAAAGUGAACAGCCAGAGAUACUGCAUAAACUUGAUCUCCGUUAUGGAGGAAUAUAUUGGUGUGAUGACUCACUGGCUCUUGUUUACGAAUCUUGGUACAAAACGCGCAAAAUUCGAACGUGGGUAAUCUCUCCUGGUUCUCUAGAGGACAAUCCUCGCCUUCUAUUUGAUAGGUCAUCAGAAGAUGUGUAUUCAGACCCUGGGUCACCAAUGCAGCGGAGGACUCCUCUUGGGACUUACGUGAUUGCAAAGUUAAAGAAGGAAAAUUAUGAUGGAACAUAUGUUCUACUCAAUGGUAGUGGUGCUACUCCGGAAGGGAACAUCCCUUUUAUUGAUUUAUUUGACAUAAACACAGGCAGCAAAGAAAGAAUAUGGAAGAGCGACAAAGAAACUUAUUAUGAGAGUGUCUUAGCUUUAAUGUCUGAUCAGAAAGAAGGAGAUUUAAAUAUUGAUGAGCUGAAAUUUCUGACUUCCAAAGAAUCCAAAACUGAAAAUACUCAGUACUACAUUCUGAGGUGGCCUGGUAAGACAGCAAGUCAAAUCACAAAUUUCCCUCAUCCAUAUCCACAGCUGGCUUCACUGCAGAAAGAGAUGAUUAGAUACGAGAGAAAAGAUGGAGUUCAACUAACAGCCACACUAUAUCUCCCACCAAACUACGAUCCAGCAAAAGAUGGCCCUCUUCCCUGCUUGAUCUGGUCUUACCCUGGAGAAUUCAAAAGCAAAGAUGCAGCUGGACAAGUUCGUGGCUCCCCCAAUGAGUUUGCUAGCAUAGGUCCAACAUCUGCUCUUCUUUGGUUGGCUCGGAGGUUUGCCAUUUUGGCUGGACCAACAAUACCUAUCAUUGGUGAAGGUAACGAGGAGGCAAAUGAUAGAUACGUGGAGCAAUUAGUUGCGAGUGCAGAGGCUGCUGUACAGGAGGUCAUUAAACGGGGGGUUGCUCAUCCUGAUAAGAUUGCUGUUGGUGGACAUUCAUAUGGUGCAUUUAUGACCGCAAACCUUCUGGCUCACGCACCCCAUCUUUUUUGUUGUGGAAUUGCUCGUUCCGGUGCCUAUAACAGAACACUGACCCCUUUUGGCUUUCAGAAUGAGGAUAGAACUCUUUGGGAAGCAACCAGCACAUAUGUAGAGAUGAGUCCAUUUAUAUCAGCAAAUAAAAUCAAGAAGCCAAUUUUACUCAUUCAUGGCGAAGAAGACAACAACCCAGGAACUUUACCCAUGCAGUCCGAUCGAUUUUUCAAUGCCUUGAAAGGCCAUGGAGCAUUAUGUCGCCUUGUGGUUCUUCCCUUUGAAAGCCACGGUUAUUCUUCACGGGAGAGUAUCAUGCAUGUCCUCUGGGAAACUGAUCGAUGGCUGGAGAAAUAUUGUUCCUCCAACGCUUCUGAUUUAGGUCAAGAUGGGGAUAAAAACAAAGAGGAAGGCAAUGCUGCAGCAGAUUCUGCAGGAAAAGUUGUUGCUGGUUCUGGUGGUGGUGGCACAGAGAGUUCAAGUCCUGAUAAUGAUGGAUUUUACUCUAUUCAAAGAUCAUUCUUGUGGUAAUUGCUGAAAUACAUAAAUAAACUAUCUUAACCUGGCGCCGUACAACAAAAAGUAAAGACAGGAAAUAUAAUUCCUCUAACCCAUAUCAUAUGCAUGACUUUUACUUUUCUCAAAAAAAAAAGAAAAAAAAAAAACCUGCAGUGCUAUUACUUGCUUCUAGAUGUAUAGACUGUAGUACUUACGACAGAGGGAAAUCCUUGCGAAGAAAUUUUAUCAGCUUGAAUUAAAGAACAUGCAUGCUGGAUGAAAACAUAACUUUUGGUUCAUGUUCGGCAAAAAGAGGAAGCUAAAAAAUACUUAUUUCUAAUGCUUUUGUUUAACAACACUCUAGCUUGUCAAGGCAGGAGUUGGAGGUGUGACCAAGUGGUUUGCUAUCAUUAAGUUUUACUAGACUACGAAUAAAACAGAUAACGUAAACUUCUACUUGCAUAAUUUGUUUCAUUCAAUCAAGGAUUCUCUACCAUUUAAUUGCAAAUGCACAGCUUCUUCACGUAGAUGAUAUAUGGUACGUUGUGCAAGGUUUCUGUCUCUUUCACGUACUUAUUACUUUAACACUUGGAACGUUCUGCUUUCGUUGUGUAGAUGUUCUUGCUGGAUCAUUUUGCAGCCAAGAUUGAAGUGAAGAAUUAAUUUGUAAAAUAAGAAGCAUGGUGGAGGACCUUCAAAGUACAACAACGUGGAUUGGAAUGGACGAUACAGAUCCAUGCUUCUGAAGUGUAGCACUCCAGAUUAAAAUAAAGAGUUACUUUCGGUAAGAAUUUUACAUCAUUUUUCUUUAUUACAAAGACACAUAAUUCGGAUAGCUUGUUCUGGUUGCUAUAUACAUAAUCUAUGGAAGCGAAAAUUCAUGUGUAUACAAUUUGAUCAACGGCUGCCUGAAUCUUCAGAAGCAAUAACUGUUUCCCUCCCCAUAAGUUUCUAAUGAAUUGGAAAUAGUAUAUAAAUGUUGGCUCUAUGCAACUAUCAAGAUGAUGGUGAAUUUAAUGUGUUACAUCUUAUAACAAAUGAAAGACUGUUCAUUAUUUAA